AUGAAGCAACAAAAUAAUAUAAAUGAUUUUGAGAAUGGUGGUUAUUGGGAUUCAAUAAUAAGUAAAAUAGAAGAUUUUAAGAUUAGAGACGAAUUACAAAAUGAAAGAUUAUGUAAAUUGAAUAAUAAAAAAAAAGGAGUUAAUACACAAAUAUGUUUUAAUAAAAGAAUAAGAGAAGAAAAUAUUUCUCAACCGACACCAAAUUUAGAUAUUUUAAAAGAUGAAAUUGUUAAAGAUAAUACUAUUAAACAUUUUUUAAAAAAUGAAUAUUGGGAUAAAGAAAUAAAGAAAUUAGAAGAUCAAAAUAUAUUAGAAGAUCAAAUUAUUAUUAAUGAAUUAAAAAAUAUAAAAAAUGAAAAACUUAAAUACUUAGAGACUAAAAGUAACAUGAGAAAAGAUAAAAGUUUAGAAAAUUUAGAAAAUUUUGAAGAUAAAAAUAAAUGGGAUACUGAUAUUAAAAACAAUAUUAAUAUUAAUAAUUUAAAUGAAGAUUUACAAAAAAUUAGAAAAGAAAUUUAUAAUAAAUUAUUAAAUGAAAAAAACGAAAAAUCAAAUGAAAAUGAAAUAGAAGAAAUUGAAAAACCAAAUCAAAAUAAAAGAAAAGAAAGAGAUGAAAAUGAUGAUAUAGAUACUAUUUUGGAAAAUAUGAAUAUUGAUAAAAAAAUAAUAAAUUUUUGUGUGGAUUAUUUAUGGGACAAGAAAAUAGAUCAAAUAUUAGAUAAAGUUGAAAAAAAUGAAAUAAUUGAAAGAAAAAAUUUGAUUUUAAAAGAUUUAAUUAGUAACUUCAAUAAUAUUGACUUUACCCAUAAUAUUGAAAAUAAUGACGAUAAUUGUAUAAAAGAACAAGAUAUAUUUUUAAAUGAUGUUUAUCGUAGAUUUAUAUUAAAUGAACAAGAACAACGUUUUUCAGUUAUAGAACAAGCGAUGAUUUUAUGGAAAAAUUGUGAAAAACUUCCAAAUAAUCAAAAUAUUGAAGAGAUAUUUAAAAAAUCAUUAUCAUCACAAAAAAAAAGAGUUCUUAUUAAUGACGAUAAUUUUAAAAAAUUUCAAAAUAAAAAAGUUCCAACAAUAUGUAAAAGUCAAGGAAUUUUAGAUUUUU